CGGAUGAUACACUAAUGAUCAUUAAAAUUAACACAUGUUGUAUUAGAUGGUUAUCAAUUACAAAUAAAUUUACAUCGGAACGCAAUAUAAAUCUGAAUAUAGCAACUUUCCUCACAUAUUGAAAAAGUUACGUUGGACGAGGAUUAUCAACAUCAAAUCCUGGAAAAUGUUUCUGUCUGGUUUGUUGGUGUGUUCGUCUGUAUUAGUAGCCUCCCUGGCCAGGAGUCCCCCUAGCUGUCCCUGUCCAAAGAUUUUAAACCCAGUGUGUGGUGAUGAUGGCUUCAUCUAUGCUAAUGAUUGUUUAAUGAAAUGCGAAGGUGCCCAGGCUGCCGCUGAUUCGGAUUCCUGCUGUAAAUGUAAGAAAAACUACAACCCUGUCUGUGGCGUUGAUGGCAAGUCUUAUGGAAACAAAUGUAUGGCCUUUUGCAAAGGUGUUCGAGUCGCAAGUAGAGGUGAGUGUCCACGUCCCGUGGUGUGUACGGCCGACUAUACACCGGUGUGUGGUGUUGACGGAGUCACUUACGGGAACGCUUGUGGUGCGCAAGCAGC